UAAACGUAAACUAAGUUAAUUUUCAUAAGUUUUAUCGAUAAAAUCUAUAGUCCUAGUUUCUUAAUUUAGUAUUGCUUCAACAAAGCUCAUGGGUUACCGGUUAAAUCUGAGAAGUAUAAAAAUCUAAAAUAAAACAUGUCCAGACAAAUUUAUUUCUAGCGGUAACAUGACUUGAUUUUUAGUUCAGUAAUAAGAUUAAAUUUCGAGGAUGCGGAUGAAAAAGUUUGGAACAUCAGAAUAUGACACUGAGUAUAAGUGGCUUGACUCUUUCAAAAGUAAUAGAUUUGUACCAACACCAGAACAGGAUGCUCCAGUGGCUGGUCUAUCAUCAGCAGAGCUAGGUUUUGAAAGUGUACCAUUUGAACCACCAAUACAAAGAAAGAAAAGGACAACUGGACCAAGUACAUCACUGAGUACUAAUUUUUAUGAGAGUCCUGGUAGAUUUAGUGAUGACUAUCAGUUGCUAGGAGCUAAUGACAAGUUCGUUACUAAUGUGAAGUAUAGAAGUAAAAGCCAUGGUAGAGCACCUUCACCACCAAAACAACAAAAACUUAGCAAGAAAACGAAGGAAGAGAACAAAGAAAAUUUGAGAAAGACAGCACCAGCUCCAUAUGUGAAUAUAGACAGAUUUAGAGAACCUCCAAAUGCACCACGGCGAGAAAAAUAUACAGAGCCUGUUAAAAGGCAGGAGAGAGUCAAUGAUGAGCCAUCUACACCUCUGACGCCAAGAAAGCCAAAAGAAUAUCAUGGACUUAGGAAAGAAGAUUUUAAAUCUAAAACUGUUGAUGUCAACAGAGAAGUGGCCUUCUCUAAACAGUUGAAAGAUAAAAACGUAAACAACAUGAAUGAGUUUGCUCAAACAGAUUUACAGAGAGGAAUUAUGGACUCAGCACCAGAAGCUCCAGCUGAGUAUGCAUUGAAGUAUAAAGCUGGUAUUGCACCAUACAGACCAAGGAAAAAGACAUCUGAAUAUGCAAAAGCCUUUGACUGGAAAGAAAGAAUACCUUCAUCACCAAUGUUGGCUGCUGAACAGGUGGUUUACAAUAGUAACCCAGCUAUGUCACCUUCUAAGAGAGAUGUGGUUGCCAAGUCUUCUGAGUAUAACGCACAAUAUAAGGGAUGGAAAACUGUGCCUUCAUUAACUGAACUGAAAAAGGAGGAGCUUAAGGAAGCAGAGACCAAUCAGAGACAGAGUAGAAGUAAAGGGAGACAAAAGAAAAAGAUUCCUAGAAGUAAAAGUGCUUCUGCAAGUCCAGACAGACUACCACCAGCUGGUACAGAGAAACUAGUAACUAGUGAUGAUAAGAGAAUGUUGAGAGGAUUUGGAGAAAUAAAGAAAGAGGUACCAAAGGUUCCUAAAGGACCAGUAAGACAAGGAAAAAGUGAAUAUGCAUCAAACUACCGAUCUCCCAAGAAAUUUAAAGUUGUUCAUGGUGCAUGGAAAGGAGCUGACCCACCUCAUUUCCAGCCUCAGAAUAUAGAUGAAGAGAAAACUCCUGUUGUUUCCAGCUGGUUUGCUGAGGUUGUAGAGCUUAGGAAGAAGGCUCAAGAGUAUAAGAAACGGGCUCAGGGAACACAUUUCUCCCGUGAACAUCUGGUACAAUUGAUGGCCAAACAAGCUGACAUGUGGGACUUAGAGACAGAGAGGUCUAGUACAUUGUCAGCAUUGUCAUUAGAACUUGGUAGUGCAAGAGAACAGAGGAGAAUCAAUAAUGGAAGUAUAUCAUCAUCUAGAUCAUCAAAGAAAGCAUUACAAUCAAGAGUAUUGAAUACUAAUAAUUCAGCCGCAGCAACUAUUGCCUCUGAAGAUGAAGAUUACAAACACAUGGAGGAUGUGGAAGAAGAAGACGACAGGGAACCAGAUGAAAAAUUACAGCUUAGAGGAAGAUUCACAGAACAACGGGAAGAAAGGGCCAGGAAUAGAAGACUAUCAGAUGAAUAUUUUAGGAAGCCGAGGUCACGACCAAAGAAAACUGCCUGGACAGAACAAAGAGCAGGAGAAAGAAUGAGUGAAGGUAGUCGAUCAUCAAGAAGUACAGAAACCUUUGAUGAUGAUGAUGGAAGAAUUCCUACUCCUGUCUUGGCAUCCAAAGAAUCUAAACCUAUGCGACACCAUUUUGACCUCACAACUCCUGCAGUUGGUGGAGCCUUGUUGACAUCACCUCCUCAAGUUAGACGACCAAUGAGAAAGCCACGUCCACAAACAGCACCUGUUAGCAAGUCAUGGGCUCAACCUUUAAGAGGUGUGGAUGAAGAUUAUGAAAGUGAUGAUACUUUGACAGAGGAACCUGUUUAUACAAAAUCUACAGCAAAACAGAAAUUAUUUAAGACCUAUGAUGUCAGUAAAGCAAAACUUGUAUGUAAUCCAACAUUUGGUAAACCCUCACCAGACACACAUCCACUUAGAGAUGAUGAAGCCUCUACAGAUAGACCUAUGUUGACAACAUUUGUUGACACUCCUGCCAAAUCUUUGACAGUAGAAAAUGGUGAGGUUAAAGCUCAGAAGACCGGAGAAGUUCAAGUAAAAAGACCAAGAAAACCAAAACAAGAAGGUAUUCCCCCUACCAUUAAAGAAGGAUUUGGUUACACAUAUGGUAAAGGUGAUCAAAGCAAAUUGAUGUGGACCAUCGAUGGUGGUAUGCCUAUACCCAGAAGAGACCCUGAUGAUGAUGUUUUGUCGUUUUCAACUAGAUCUGUAGCUUCUAGUUGUUCUCUAGCAUCAGAAACAUAUGAACGAGCAAAGAGAAGGACAGAGGAAUUCUGGGGGAAAAAUGGUGUAGCCUCACGUUGAACAUUGUGGAAAGAUUAAAGUAUAACUGUGUAUUUAUUUGUUAAAGAUAUUAUAAGUCUGUUACUAGAGAAUUUUAGAAUAUUGUACGUAGAAGUUACAUUGAGGUAGAAAUAUUUUGAGCAGAGUUUAGAUGGGUGUUUAAAUACUGAGGGCAAAGUGUGUGAGAUAUGUAAACGAUAAAAUGCUUAUUAAGUUUAGAUUGAUCAUGGCAUUUUGAAGACAUUUGGAUCAUGAGCAAAUCAUUAAGAAAGAGUUCAAGCAAUUCCAUUAUUAUAGAAAAUUUUAAAAAUUGACUUUCUAGUGUUAUUUCAAUUUAUUUAAAAACAUUUUCUAGUGUUUGUGUUAUGAAAGAAAGCUGGAAUGUUCUUAGCAUUAUUCUUACAAUAUUGACUCAUGAUCAUUAUAAACAAAAUGCCUAUCUGAACUCUGGCAGUUUUUGUUUGCUCAACAAUUUUAUAAUUAUGUGUUAUCAUGAAAUUCCGCGAAUUGUCAUACAGAUGAUUAAUUGUGUGCUGUGCAUGAUUAUUUAUUGAAAACAGGCAGCAUUUUAUUGAGUAAUUGAUUAAAAUUGUUACAACUAAGCAAGAUGAUUUCAGAAUAAACAUUCAUAUCAUGUGUAUAAAACAUUUGGAAGAGCUUUGAAAUACAUAGAAGUUGUGUUUUGCUAGCGAUGUAGUACUACAGAGGCUUGUUACUGUCAAUUUACAGGGUUUAUAUUGAUAAGAAUUAAUCAAAUGUUUAGUCCUUGUUUUUAUGGAAUAGAUUAAUUUAAUUGUAGUUGGUGACAAAAAUAUGCAUGCAAACUAAGACAGAAAAACAGAUAGAAAUAGAAACAAAAUUGACAUUUUUUGUUAUUUAAAAAUUCAGUAGUUACUACUUUCAAUAAAAUUGCAAACAUCACAUUCAACACACGAUAAAGUCUUUUUAAGAAGCAUUUCUGUGAUAUUUUUGAAUUUUAUUUGGUUUUAUGAUAUUGAGAUAUUUUUUACAGAAUACUUUAAGAAUUAUUCACACUAUAAAACUGUAUUUUAUUACUUAUAACAAGGUAUAGCCAUUUUAGUGAUCUGUAACAUUGCAGUCUGUAUAUCUAUUCAAAUAAUUUUAUUUCUGAUUUCUGAUUUUUGGUUUUUAUUAUAAGACAUUUAAUUUUAAGUUUUAUCUUUUUGGUUGAAUUCUCUAUGUUGAAUAUGCUCUAUUGGUAAUCAUUAAAGAAAUUUUUUUCCUGUAAAAAAUGUACAAAAUGUCUAUGCCUUGUAUGUAUUUUUUACUGUAAUAUAAUUACACAAAAUAAUAAAAUAAAAUGGCUGUAUUAUAUCUUAGAUUCAUUAAAGAUAUAUUUGUA